CUUCUGUACAAGUUCUGGCGACUAACUAAAUACUGGAAGGGGAUCAAACAUGACGCCUUGCCAUUCGCGAUCCGGAGAAUCGAUUCCUGCCAACACAAUGCUUUCUUCCAAGGGACACGCUCAACUCUCUUUUUCUCUUUCAUCAUUUCUUAGUCUCCUUGUCUUUCUUUCACUAUCCCGCACUGCAUUGUUGGUCUCCGCGUCUGCUUGCUUUCGCGUCCUGCACAUCCUCCACUUGGCGAGCAGUUGUGAGCUAUGGGCCAACCAGAAGAGACUCAGCAGGCUUGACUCCACCGGCCUGACCAGGGUGCACCUCCUUAGUGUUCAAUGAACUCCUCCACGGAACUUGGUACCUUGCCCUCAGCGGAGAAGUUACCGUCCUAGACUAGACUGGGAUGUGGGAGUUCUCCCUGGAAGCCUGAAAUCAAUUACCCUACGCGUAAGCGAC